CUCUGAUCAUGACCACUUUGGAUCCUAUCCCUUCCUCCUUUUCCCCUCUCUCUCUCUCUCUCUCUCUCUCUCUCUCUCUCUCUCUCCACCUUUCUCUCUCUACAUUCUUGAUCCUUCCUAUAUAUAUUGGACGCAAGUUUUAUAAAUUGUUGUGACACAUAGCAAGCUAGCCCAUCUUCAAAGCGAAGAGAGCACAAAAUUCUAUUCUUCUUAGGGUUUGUUCGGUCACUCUUUCUUUCUACAGUAUUUUCUUUCCUUUGGGAGAGCUUCAAUUCCUUCUACGCCAAACAUGUCAAGCGGCGUCGAUGUCUCCCCGCCGGAGCAACUUUGCUACAUACCUUGCAAUUUCUGCAACAUCGUCCUCGCGGUGAGUGUACCAUGCAGCAGUUUAUGCGACAUCGUGACCGUCCGAUGCGGGCACUGCACAAAUCUGUGGUCAGUCAACAUGGCAGCUGCCUUCCAAUCCCUCCAGUCCUUUCAGGCACCAAACUAUGCUACCUCGGAUUGCAGGAUUGACUUGGGUUCAUCAUCCAGGUGCACCAACAAGAUGACUGUUCGGCCACCGAUCGCAUCUAACACCGAGGGAAGGGUUGCAAAUCGACCUCCCGAGAAGAGGCAACGAGUACCUUCUGCAUAUAACCAGUUCAUAAAAGAGGAGAUUCAGAGGAUCAAGGCAAAUAAUCCAGAUAUCAGCCAUAGGGAAGCUUUUAGUACUGCUGCAAAAAAUUGGGCACACUUCCCCCAUAUUCAUUUUGGGCUAAUGUUGGAGAGCAACAACCAAAGUAAACUUGAUGAGGGACCUGGGAAGCGUCUAACGCCAAGGGCUGCUCUACUGCAGAAAUGAGGCUGAUGGUCUUGAUCAGUUGAAAUCCCCAUCGACGAAAAUGAAAGAAUUUCCUUGACUUAAGUUUAUGUUGUGAGGACAUAAAACUAUAACCUUGUUUCUUUGCUUUUUUCACAACUUGUUUUUGAAGUUGCUACCUAAAUUUAUGUAUUGAUGAUCUACUUUGUGAUUGCAAUUCCGUUAAAA